AUGGACAACUCGCCGGUCGAAAUCAUUUUCCGGUGGGACUCCGAGGAUGUCCGACAAAAGAUGAUCUUCGACGGCGACCGGCAAGAGGCGGAGCGCUACCUCCAAGCCGUAGACGAAAUCCAGCGCUCCGGCGACCAGAGUGCUGUCUCGAUCGCCAUGGCACGCUUGGAAAACGAAUUUCGCAACAUUCUCACCUCCCGCACCAAGCCCAUUUCCGUCCUUCCCCAUCUCAACACCAAAGAAGAAGACGAAGUAGUAGUAGAAGAAGAAGAACCCAAACAGGGUUGUGCAUGCUUCUGUUGUCUCCGCUUUAAAUCUUCAGCUUCAGCAAAACGACAUGAUGAUGAUGAUGAUUAUUAUUAUUACGAUGAUUGUAGGCUUCUUUAUUUUGGCAGGUUCGACGAGACGAGUGUGCAUUGUUUCAGUGUUGAUGCUAUAAACGACCUGCGUUGCAUUGCUGAAAGGAUGAUAUCGUCUGGGUACUUGUGGCAAUGCAUUCAGGUUUAUGGCACUGUGAGGAAAUCCAAUAUCGAUGCCAUACUUGGGAGUCUGGGCAUCAGUGAUGUUGGUGCUCCGCUCGAGGCCAGGAUCCACCGCUGGAGAGAGGCUGCUAUGGUUUGUGUUCUCAAAUUGUUCGCCCGUGAAAAGAGGCUUUGUGAGAAAAUCUUUGAUGGGGUUGGUCCUGAUAUUGCUCAUGCUUCCUUCAUUGAAACUGCCAAGGAAUCUGCCAUUCAGCUUCUCAACUUUGCUGACACUACUUGCACAACCCUCAUGUCAUUACCUUACAAGCUGUUAAUGAUUCUAGACCUAUAUAAUGCUUUGGCAGAUUUGAUACCUCAUCUUGAUAAUGCCUUUGGUCUUAAAUCCUGUGAGUCCAUACGUGUUCUCGCUCGUAACGUUCUGUCUCGCUUGUCUGAGGCUGCAAUGGGGAGUUUGUCAGCGUUUGAGAAUGCUCUGCUACGGGACACGGCGAAGGCUCCUGUUCCGGCAAGUGGGACAAUUCACCCCUUAACCUGGUGUGUAAUAGAUGAUUUAAGGCUUAUCUGUGAUAACAAGAAAAUUUUGAAUCGGCUUAUAGUGUCUAAGCCAUCAAUGGAGUCUAUUUUCAAUGUGGAUUUAGCACACAUCAUCGAGGAGGAAGGGAAAACCCCGUUGGGGGUUCACUUAAUUUGGAUUAUUGAGAUAUUGCAAAUUCACUUGGAUGGCAAGGCCAAGCAAUAUAAAGACAAGUCUUUGUCUCAUCUGUUCAUAAUGAACAAUGUCCACUUCAUUUUUGAUUGGAUGAGAGCACUGAAAGAGCAUUCUGAAUUGAGGGACAUGAUUGGAGAUGGUUAUUUGGAGAAGCUGGAGAGGAAAUUCCAGCAGGCUGCUAUUAGCUACGAGAAAUCAACUUGGGGGAGGGUGUUGAAUUGCUUAACGGAUGAGGGAUUGUAUUUGAAAAUAGGUUGCAAGAUGUCAAUCUCGAAGAGUGCUUUGAGAAAAAAAAUUAAGGCCUUCAAUGCCUUGUUUGAGAAGAUUCACAGGACUCAGGCUGUCUGGUCAAUACCGGAUUCACAACUCAGGAAGAGCCUUCGAAUGUCUAUAACGGAGAAGCUAAUCCCAGCAUAUACGUCAUUAGUUGGGCAGUGUGGGAGCAUUAACUUGAAUGGAAGAUAUGUAGAGUAUUCUGAGCUGGAGCUGCAGGCUGCUGUUUUGGAGCUAUUUAAAGGAAAACCUAUUUCCUAG